UGUACUUUAUAGUCCUCUGCAGAGCGAGGAGAGCGUCAUUCCGUGGAUUGUGCUGCUGACGAGACAAUCGGGGUUCAUAACCUACGUCAGCAUGAGCGGGUGCAGAGUUUUCAUUGGGCGACUGAACCCAGCGGCCAGAGAGAAGGACGUCGAGAGGUUCUUCAAAGGCUAUGGGAGGAUCCGAGACAUUGAUCUAAAACGCGGGUUUGGCUUUGUGGAAUUUGAAGAUCCCAGAGAUGCAGAUGAUGCUGUUUAUGAGCUUGAUGGGAAAGAGCUGUGCAGUGAAAGGGUUACUAUUGAGCAUGCACGCCUGCGUUCCAGGGGUGGUGGUGGUGGCGGCGGUGGCAGAGGAAUGGGAAGAGGGAGAUACUCUGAUCGUUUUAGUAGUCGCCGUCCACGUAAUGAUAGAAGUGCUCCGCCGAUAAGAACCGAAAAUCGUCUCAUUGUGGAAAACUUGUCCUCCCGCGUCAGCUGGCAGGAUUUGAAGGACUUCAUGAGACAAGCCGGUGAAGUGACCUUUGCUGAUGCGCACAGACCUAAACUAAACGAAGGGGUCGUUGAGUUUGCAUCUUACAGUGAUCUUAAAAAUGCUAUUGACAAACUGUCCGGCAAGGAGAUCAAUGGAAGGAAGAUUAGGCUGAUUGAAGGAAACAAGAGGCACAGCAGGUCAAGAAGCAGGUCCCGAUCCCGCAGCCGAAGCUCAUCCCGGUCCCGCAGUCGUUCCCGCUCCAGGAGCAGGAAGUCCUAUAGCCGUUCCCGUAGUCGUAGCCGCACUCCCCGCAGUAACCGUAGCAAAUCCAGAUCUGUGAGUAGGUCGCCUGUUCCAGAUCAAUCACCAAAAGCUGCAUCUAAAAGCCCAUCAAAAUCCCCAGCAUCUGCCGAUCAUCAGAGGUCUCGGUCGAGGUCUCGAUCUGUUGAUAGCAGAAACUGAACAUUUAAAUUUUUUAAUUUUUUUUUUAUUCCUCUGAAUUUUUUGUGUGAAAUGUGUAUACUUGCCAAAUCUUGGUAAGUAUCAAGUGAGAAAGCGGGGCAAAAGACUUCUUUUUUUUUACCGAUGUGGACCACGACAGUAGAUUCUCAACCUGUCUUUUGAUAAACAUCACCUGCUUGUCUGUCGUCUGUGUAAAUGUAUCUUCCCAUGUAUUUUAGCAUGAGAUGCGUCUUGUGCUCACUGCUGUAUAUAGCUGCACGUCUCCUUAUCUCCCAGCUUACUUAUGUUUCAUUUGUGAAAUAUGCUGUUGAAAUAAACUUUAAUAAAGA